GCCCUUCCCGUGGUGACCUCCUCCUGCGUCCGCCAGUCAGUGGCAGAGAGAAGAUCAGAGUCUUCUUCCUUUUUGUCGUUGCGAUCGGAAACGAUCGAUUUUGAAGACGCAAAGGGCGGAACGAUGCCCUCGCCCGGUCCGGCGGGCGUCUCGGUGCGCGCGAGGAGCCCCCCGGCGGCGGCGUCGAGUACUGCGUCGGCCGGCGCCCGAGCGGGCUUUGUUGUCGCGGGAGCGCGCAUGCGCAGUGACGCCAACGGCCGCUGCGCCGACAUCCCGCCAGGAAGUGAGGCGGCGAGCGAUUUGCUGACGUUCGGACGACCGGGCGGGCAGCGACGGACGGCGGCCUUCGGCCCGGACUGCGCUCGCUCCCGCUUCCGGCUUGGACCUUUCACGCGGGCCGGUUAACGCUCCUCCGCCUGCCUGCCCGUCCGCCUGCCUGCCUAAAACCCCCGCCCCACCCCACCCCCGCCCCGGCCCACCCCCGGCCGUCGGCGCCGCUCGCUCGGAGCCCCGUCACGUCGCGCGGACGUCCACCCCCCCCCACACCGGGGAUGAGAUGGGAUGCUGCGGGAGCGCGGAGAGGACAAAGAGGGAAUGGAGACCACUGGAAGAGCGAAGCUGCACUGACCUGCCCUGGUGCCUGCUCUUCAUCAUCUUCUGCGUGGGCAUGGGCGGCGUGUGUGCCUUCACGGUGGCGUCGGGGGGCGCGGCCCGCCUGGUCUCGGGCUACGACAGCUACGGCAACACCUGCGGGCGGCGGAACCCCCCCCUGGACGGCGUCCGGCUCAGCGGCCUGGACCACACCGACAGGAAGUUCGUCUUCUUCUUGGAUCCUUGCGACAUCGACAUCGUCCGGCGGAAGAUGAAGUCGGUGGCGCUGUGCGUGGCCCUGUGCCCUCCGCGCCUCCUUCACACCUACCACGACCUCAUGACCUUUGCCACGCUGAACGGUUCCGAGCUGUGCUCGUACGAGCUGGCGGCCCACAAGUACCCCGGCCUGCCCGAGCGCUUCGCCAAGUGUCCCAAACUGCCGGUGGCGCCCAGCAAGCCGCUGCCGCUCUUCAAUCGCUGCGCGCCGACCGACGUCUCGUGCUACUCCAAGUUCGCCGAGGCCGUGAUGACCUUCGUGGGCGACGACUCCUUCCUGCACGGCGUCAUCGCCGGCGUGGCGGCCAGCAAAGAGGUCAUCGUGGGGCUUUGCCUCCUCGCGCUCGUGUUGUCGAUGGCGCUGACGGUGAUCAUUCGCUACAUCUCGGCGGUCCUGGUGUGGAUCCUCACCUCGGUGGCGCUGCUCGGCUCUCUAGCCGCGACCGGCGUCCUGUGGUGGUUCUACGCCGAGCGGCGUCUCAGCCAGGACGGCGAGGACGGGCCGGGUUGGGACGAGGACCGCGCCAUGUUGGUGUACGCCGUCGCCGCCUCCGUCUUCACGGCCGUCCUGCUGCUGCUGAUGCUGUUCAUGAGGAAGCGCGUGGCGCUGGCCAUCGCCCUUUUCCACGUGGCGGGAAAAGUUUUCAUCCAUCUGCCGCUGCUGGCGCUGCAGCCCUUUGUCACCUUCCUGGCGCUGCUCCUCUUCUGGCUCUACUGGGUCCUGGUGCUGCUCUUCCUCGGAACCAGCGGGGAGGCGGUGCUCGACGAGGAGGCGGGGCUGACCGAGUUCCGCCUGACGGGCCGCCUGGAGUACCUGACGUGGUUCCACGCGCUGGGCCUGCUGUGGAUCACCGAGUUCAUCCUGGCCUGCCAGCAGAUGACGGUGGCGGGCGCCGUGGUCACCUACUACUUCACACGGGACAAGAAGCGGCUCCCGGCGUGGCCCGUCGCGCGCGCCGCCCUGCGCCUGCUGAGGUAUCACGUGGGCACGGUGGCCAAAGGCUCCUUCAUCAUUACGCUGGUCAAGAUCCCCCGACUGCUGCUCAUCUACGUCCACGGGCAGCUCAAAGGGAAGGAGAACGCCUGCGCCCGCUGCGCGCUCAAGUCGUGCAUCUGCUGCUUGUGGUGUUUGGAAAAGUGCCUCAAUUAUCUCAACCAGAACGCGUACGCGGCCACGGCGGUCAACGGCACGAGCUUCUGCGCGUCGGCGCGAGACGCCUUCGUCCUGCUGCUGGAGAACGCCCUGCGAGCGGCCACCGUCAACGCCGUGGGGGACUUUGUGCUCUUCCUGGGGAAGGUCCUGAUCGUCACCACCACGGCCUUCGCCGGCGUGGUGCUGCUCAACGCGCGGCGCCAUUACGCCGAGUGGCUGCUGCCGCUGGUGCUGGUGUGCGUGUUCGCCUUCCUGGUGGCGCACUGCUUCCUGUCCGUCUUCGAGAUGGUGGUGGACGUGCUCUUCCUCUGCUUCGCCAUCGACACCAAGUACAACGACGGCACGCCGGGAAAGGAGUUCUUCAUGGACAAGGCUCUCAUGGAGCUGGUGGAGCGCAGCCGGCGCUCGGAGCGGGCGGCCGGCCGGGGCCGCGGCCGAGUCAAGGAGGCGCCGUCGGAGGAGGGGGCGGAGAUGAAACCCAUGGCUCCCGGGACGAGUUUGGCUUGACGGACGGAAAAGGCGGCCGCCGGCACUGGAAAGAAAACAAAUAUUUUUUAGCAGCGUGUAACUUGUUUACUCUCUUUUCACUCCAGGAAAAUGAUAUUUUAAUAACAAUAAGAUAAGAUAACAAGCACUUUA